AUGAAACGUGUGCACCCAAGUGGUGCAAGUAAAAGAAAAAAGAAGGAGAGGAAAUCUUUCGAAAUAAAACAAAGUUCACAAAGUUUGAAUUUAUGGUUAGCUGGUUCCAGUUCCAAUCCUGAAAACAUUGAAAAAACGCAAACAGGAAACGAAGAUCAAAUUGAGCCUCCUUCAAUCCAAGCAGAGGCUACUGUAGCUACAUCGUCGGGUGGGAGUGAAAAUAAGAGGGAAGAAACUACUACUAGCAAUCAAAAUUUUCUAGACCUAAAUCUAGACCACCCCAAACCGUCGUUGACGCAUUUCGACAGGGAUUCGUCAAUAAGCUCUGACUCUGAUUCAGAAAUCAGCGAUGAAGAAUCUAAACAAGACACGCUUGAUGCUUCUAAGAAAAACCUUGGUUGUUUCAUAUGUCCAAAUGAAAGUGAUCACAUUGGAAUAAAAAAAGCUUUUAUGGAAAAACAUCCAAUCCAAGUUCAUGAGGGAAAAGGAGUUAAACUUCCGUUUGAUCCAUCCAAACUCUACUAUCGUCUUUUGCCGAAUGGAGAAAAAAUACACAGAAAAUGGUUAUCUUAUUCCAUUGAGCUCAACAAAGUAUAUUGUUCUUGUUGUAUGGCUUUCGGAGGCAAGGAUAACAGAGAUUCCACAUUUAUUACUGGACAUGAUGUUACACCAAAACACAUUUAUAAAUCGCUGGAAACUCAUGAAAACUCCCAUUAUCAUGAACUUGCGGCCAAGACAGCUUUUCAAUGCCUAAAAGGUCGUGAUAUUGAGAGGCUUCUAGCGGGACACCAAUCUAAACAACGGGAAAGAGAAGUUCACACAAGAAGAUUAGUUGUUCAUCGUUUGAUUGACAUAGUUUUAUUUCUGGGUAGACAAGGCAUUGCUUACAGAGGGGACAAAGCAGAAGGGGCCUACUCACUUGACUCUGUAGAAAAUCAUGAUCAGUACAAAAGUUUCAUAAAAGUUGUAAAAACUCAAGAUGAACAGAUCCCAGACGAAGAAUCAAACAAAGCAGAAGAAAUUUUAAAAGACCGUGAACUCGAUUCGGAACCUGAAUCAGAAGAAGACAAUUUUCGUGGUUUCUGCAAUGACAAGAGAGACUUGUUUUCUGACAUCGACAGAGAAGAAAUCAUUAAUGUCGUGGCCAGUAGUAGUGACGAACUUAAAAGAAAACUGAUGGGAUAG